UCUUGGAGCAUCAGUAUUACUCGAAAGUUCAUUAAAACAAUUGUUCUAAUCCCGCUUAAAUAACACAAACUACAAAAUGAAGAUCACUCUGGUGCUGUUAGUUGUUUGUUUCAUUUGUGCUACGUACGCCCAGGAUGCUGCCAAGGACGCUAAGGACUCUGCGAAGGCUGCUGCUGACAAGGCGAAAACUGAUCCCCCCACUGAUGCACCGAAAGUAGACAAAGAUGUUACCACUACCCCGGACCCGAAGGAUGCAUCCAAGAAAGUGGAAGAUGGUGCAGCAAAGGCUAAAGAUACUGCGGCUAAAGCUAAGGAGGAUCUUUCCAACGCCGGCAAGAAACUCCAGGAUGGGCUUAAACUAUGAGUGUGAUGUUUCUGUUGCUUGAUAAUGAGGUCAACUUUGAGAGUGUUGUGAUUGAAGGAAUAAAUCGACCAUUCAAGAGUA